AUGUGUUUGUGGCUCUUGACCGCCUGUUUGGGGCUUUUGCCUGGAAACUCUUCACCACCUGCUACAAUUGUGGUUGUGCAAGGCGUGCCUACGCCUAUACUUCAGCCUACAACGGCAGCCGCAACAACAGCCACAGCUGCUACGACCACGACGACAACAACCACGACCACAACUACGACAACAACGACAGCCCGUCCAACAAUUGCAAGUCCAACGACUGUUACAACAACAACAACAACAGCUGCACCUACAACAACAACAACAGCUGCCGCUACAACAACUACAACAGCUCGAACAACAAUCUCCGGCUCGCUGCAGAUUGACCCGCGGCUUGGUACUACUCCGGCGGCGUUGCAGGCUCCACUUAUAAGCGGUUAUAGUGCGCAAGUGCCAACGUUUGAUACGGCUGUUAGAUUCCCUAGAGAGCGUAGAAGCAUAAAAUACAGAAAAUGGAGGUUUGAAGAUUUGAGGAAAAGCGAAGAGUUCGCAGAUGAUAAUGAACACAGAAUACGUAAACGGCAAAGUUGCCAAUGUGUUCCUGCUGGCACUUGUGCUACAAGCUCCUCUGGCGCUGGAAUGAUUGACUUCAGAAUAGUGACUCCGACAACCGCUCCCUGCCCUGCUGGCCAACAAUACUGUUGUGGAGGUACAGUUGCUACAAUAGCCUGUGGCACCUUACAGACGGUACCAGCUACAGUAGUUCAACCGGCUGCCGGGCAAGCUAGUUUUGGGGAGUAUCCAUGGCAGGCCUUAAUCCUUACAAAGCAAAAUGACUACAUAGCUGGGGGAGUUCUCAUAGAUCAACUGAACAUUAUAACAGUCACUCAUCGUAUGUCACCUUACGUUGUUUCAGGAACGGCGCCAAACGUAAAAGUUCGGUUAGGAGAGUGGGAUGCAGCAGGCACAUAUGAACCAGUUCCUUUUCAAGAAUACACCGUGACGAAAGUGUUUACACACCCAUCCUUCAACGCAAACACUCUACAGUACGAUAUUACAGUACUAAGGCUGUCGGCGUCAGUGCCUUUGACUCCAAUGGCUGGUUCAACUACUACUAUUAACAGAGCGUGCUUACCACCAUCUACAACUACGACUUAUACUGGGCAAAGAUGUUGGGUCUCAGGAUGGGGCAAGGAUAUGUUUGGUCUCCAAGGCCAGUACCAACAGAUUCCAAAGGAAGUCGACGUGCCCAUUGUCGCCGCAGCUACAUGCCAAACACAGAUGCAAACAGCUCGCCUGGGUUCUACAUUUGUGCUAGAUACGACUUCAUUUAUAUGCGCCGGCGGGGAGGCCAGUAAAGAUUCCUGUACGGGUGACGGUGGAUCCGGCCUCGUGUGCCAGGUGAAUGGACAGUGGACAGUGGUGGGUCUGGUGUCUUGGGGGCUGGGCUGUGCCAACGCUAACGUGCCUGCAGCCUACGUGAACGUCGCCGCUCUUCUUCCCUGGAUUCAGCAGCAAGUUGCCACUGCUUAA